AUGCCACCCGACGCUCUCGCCCCGUCGGGCGUCGGAGAGCCAGGGCUGCCGCCCUGCGAGCUCGCUGACGCCGACCGAACGCUGGCGGAGCGGAUUGGGCAGAUUCGGGAAUCACGUGCUCGGGUGCGUGCUGAGCCUGCUGCGCUUGAGACGCUGUUCACUCCCGAAGAGAUGAAUGCGCUCAGCGUAGCCUUCGAGCGGGUCGACACCUCGGGGCGUGGAGAGAUCUCGCUCGAGGAGCUGCCGCUCGCCUUUGCCGAGGUUGCAAUGGAGCCCAGUGGUGAGGAGGUGCUGCGGGCUCUAGCACACCUCGGCAAGCAGGAGGAGGCGGCGACGUUCAGCUUUGCAGAGUUCGCGCAGGCCGCCGAUUUCCUGUCGCCAGUGGAGGUUGAGCUCGAGGACCGAGGCGACUGGUAG